AUGGCGGACGUUAAUACCGCUCGUCUAUGCACAGAGAUCGUUGAGUCUCAUUUCGGCCCUCUAACGGCGAAAGUUGCAUCUAUCCUUCUCACAAGGGGCAGGUUGGGACUAGCCCAACUGGUGCGCUUCUCUGGUUUAAAGCCUCGAACAAUUCGAGCAUGCAUAAUUGUCCUGGUGCAGCACAAUGUCCUCUGGCAUGCUCAUACCGAGGAGGAAGGAGAAGUGGUGGAGUUUAACAUCCAGGAAUGUUUGAUUAGACUGAGAUUUGGGAGAUUUGUCUGGCAAACAGAAGUCCUUUUCGGCAAAGAGGCCGCAGCUGUGAUACAGCUGCUGCUAGAUCAUGGUAAACUUCGGCGCCCCGAAAUUAUAUCACGGUUAUCAACUGCAGACCCCAAAAGCUCCAUGUCGUAUUCACAAGCACUACAUAAGCUCCUCUCUGGCUCGUACAUCAAGCCCUCCACACUUUUAUCCCAUCAGUCUCCCCGCGACAAAAGAAUCAAAUACGAGGCUGAAGAGCGGGGAAAGCUGGUUGGCCUGCCAACUGCGAAGCAGCUCCGAGAGGCUAAGGAGGCGGCCACCGCGCGCCUAAAACGUGAGGAGGAAGAAGCGGAAAGAGUGGGCCUGAAACGAAAAGCGGCGGACCAGUUGAAUCAGAGAAGUUCGUCAAAGCGCAAGAUUAUCGAGGAGGACGAGGUAGAUGACGACGUCUACUUCCGUGUCAACUACGACAGGUACAACGUGCAUAUUCGAAAUAAGCUCAUCGAAUCAGCCGUCCGGGAACGGUACAAUGAUGCAGCCGCAUCUGUUAUGCGAGCUGUACUGAAGACGACAGAAGGAAAGCAAGUCGACGUAGCUGAGCCUCGAUCUGAUCCGGUCUCCCUAGCCAGUAUUGCGGAACAUAUACUAGACGAGGCAGAAUUGUCUUCUGGCUUGAUCCUCCCAUCGUCACAUAAAAAGCCCUCCGAUAUCGCUCUUAUGAAAGAUUAUCUUGGUAUGUUAGCGUGCGCGGACAAUCCGACACCGGCGGGGCGUUCGGCCUCUUUCGUUUCGUUUGGAGGUUCCAAGGUCCAGGUGGAAUUUGAGAUCGUCGGUAGAAGGCUACGAAGAAGGGUUCUUGAGGCCGUUACUAGAGAACGUCACGGCGACGACGCUGUACGGAUAGUGCGCCUACUUCUGGAUAGAGGUAAGAUGGAUGAGAAACAGAUAUCAAAAGUCGCCAUGAUGGCUCCCAAAGACGUCCGACCCCUUUUGUCGGCUCUGUCGGCGGACUCUCUAGUAAGUCUGCAGGAGGUCCCACGCAGCGCCGAUCGAAAUCCGACGAGGACGUUUUACCUCUGGUAUGUGGACCUCACAAAAGCUUAUACGAUGUUAUUGGGCUUUCUGUACAAGUCCAUAUACAAUAUUGGCGCACGAAGACAUGCAGAGGCACAAGAACCCAGCGUGAAAGCGGUGCUGGAUAAGCGAGAACGAAGUGAUGUUAUGCAAGAUGAGCGACUUCUCACAAGAGUUGAGAGAGAGAUAAUACAGGAAUGGGAAUCUAGAAGAGAUAAGCUGACGGUGUUAGAGAUGCGAGUCGAAGAGGCAGUAUUUAUUAUUAGGGACCUAGGGAUCCUAGGAAUUGAAGACGAAUGA